AUGGAUAAAUCUUGGAUGCAUGAAGAUAGAAGAAGCAAAGAGUAUGAAGAAUUUCUAAGGAUAGCAUUAGCAAAUGCUAUUGAUCAUAGGCGCAUUCAUUGUCCAUGCCAGAGAUGUGGGAAUACAAGAAAGUUUACUAUUAGAGUAAUAAGGAAGCAUUUGUAUUUCAAUGGGGUUGACCAAACCUAUAAGGAUUGGAUAAGGCAUGGGCAGCCUAUUGAAUCAAAUGGAAGUAAAAGUGUAAAUCAAGAACCAUAUCUUGAACGUGACGUAGUGGAUGAGACAAUUGAUAUGUUCGAAGGUGCAAAUGAACACUUUACUGAAAACCCGGAUGAAUUUAGGAAGUUUGUGGAAGAAGCAGAAAAACCUCUUUAUCCUUGGUGUCAUAAGCACACCAAGUUGUCGGGAUUGGUUAAGUUGUACAACCUUAAAGCAAGGCAUGGCAUGACCGACAAUUGUUUCUUUGAUAUGUUUAUUGAAGUUGGAGAUUUGCUUCCAAUUGGUCAAGAGCUACCCUCAUGUAUGUAUGAGGUGACAAAGAAGAAUGUGGAGAAGAAAGGGGUCCCGUCGAAGGUUUUAUGGCACUUUCCUCCUAUCCCAAGGUUCAAAAGAAUGUUUAAGUCAUUUGAAACUUCUAAAAGUUUAACUUGGUAUGAUGAAAGUCGAAUAAAAGAUGGUCGAUUGCGUCAUCCAGCUGAUUCACCAUCAUGGAAGAUGGUUGAUCAUAUGUGGCCAGAUUUUGCAAGUGAGCCUAGAAACCUUAGGUUAGCCAUUUCAUCGAAUGGGAUAAACCCACACAGUUCUCUUAGUAGUAGAUAUAGUUGUUGGCCAGUAAUUUUGGUCACAUAUAACCUUCCUCUGGAGCUGUGCAUGAAGAGGAAGUUUAUGAUUUUAACGUUAUUGAUUUCUAGCCCUAGACAACCUCUCAAUGAUAUAGAUGUGUACUUGGAACCAUUGGUUGAGGAUUUAAGAAUAUUGUGGGAUGGAGUGGAGGGAGUCUAUGAUGUUUUCCGACAACAGUCAUUCACCUUAAGAGCUAUACUUUUGUGGACAAUAAAUGAUUUUUCAGCUUAUGGUAAUCUGUCCGGGUGCACUAUGAAAGGAUAUUAUGCAUGUCCAAUUUGCGAUGAGAAGACAUGUGGAAAGGUUGGAACAUGGAAAUAA